UUGGGAAGUUGUAGUGUUCAUAUCAGUAUUAUCAGGUUCAAUAUAUAGCCGGAUAGCCGGUCAAAUCAGUUUGUCAGUAGCAAAAGGCGCGAAAUUUAAUUUUUCUAUGAGUCGAUCACCCUUAUCGCCUACAUUUUUUUUUAAUUUGCCGCUUUUUUCUACUAACGGAAAUGGCUUGACAUGGGCUUGAAAGACUAGACUAUAUAUUAAUAAUUAAUAUAAUAUUAUCCACAUAUUGUCAUGCCGUUGAACGCAAUAACAGAAAAUCCAACGCCUUGUUCAUUUGAACUUGAUAUGAACGCUACAUUAUUAUAUUCCUUUACGUUUCCGAACGAAAUUUUCUCAUAACCCACUUUAUUUUCUUCAAUUGUAUUGUAUUGUGUAUUUUGGUAUGUUUGUGUCGUAUUUUAACUCGUUUCGCGUGAGAAAAAAUUAACAAAACAGACAGGUGGUGUAACUUUCGGAAUAAUGUCGUAGAUGAACACAACUAUCGUUAGGUACUAGUGAGUCACUAUACCAAAAAUUAAUGGAGCUGAAGGUCUGGGUCGAGGGAAUACAAAGAAUUGUUUGUGGGGUCACGGAGACUACUACUUGUCAGGAUGUAGUUUUCGCACUAGCCCAUGCCACUGGUAAAGUAGGCAGAUUUACGCUAAUCGAACGGUGGCGGAAUAAUGAACGAUUACUGGCUCCUCAAGAAUAUCCUUUGAAGAUACUAAUGAAGUGGGGAGAGUAUUCCAAUGAUAUUCAAUUUAUUUUGAGGCGAUCUGAUUCUGGAAGUGGUCAGAAGUCAUCACAAUCAACAAAUAGAUCUCCAAUUGGAAAUGGGGAACCACCACCACCUUACCGGUCGCCGCCGCCCCCGACGCAGUCCCGCAAGUCGCCAACCCGCACGAGGCCGCGCUCCUCGCACAUGUCCCCAGUGAGCUUGCCUGAAGAGGAGCCCCGGAGUCCUGAAGCCGUCACCUACAACAGCCAGUACAGGGAGCUCGUGUCGCUUGUCAACUACCAGAGGGAGAAACUCACCACGCAGCAAGCUGAUCUCAUUAAGUAUGAUGCUGAAAUAGGUUUCUGGGAGAACAAAGGAAGGGAGCAGGAACGGCAAGUGGAACUCCUGCAGCAGCAGAUCAGCUCUGCCGACAAUCAGCUCAGAAUAAGUACUGAACAGAAGCUUUUCGAGCAGGUGCAAGCGUUAACCUACUUAGAAGAAGAGAGUGAAAUCGUAAAACAAAACGAGAAGACCCUGAAAUCGGAGAUAGUGCUGGUGCGGUCGAAGCUAGCCAACUGUGAGACUGAACUGCUGCAGUGCAAGAAUAAGAUACGGAAGAUUAUGGAGGAGAUCCAUAAUGAACAGAGGAUCAUUAAUAGUAGACAGCAGGAGAAUAGACAAGCUUUAGAAAGAUCGAUGUUAGCUGAAGUAGAAAAUUUGCAAACUCAAAUUCAACAAGCAAAACAUGCAACAGAAAUAAACCAUUUGACUGCUGAGAACUUAAAGCGCGAGGUUGGAGUUUUAGAAGACGCAAUAAUGGAAAAAAAGAGACAAGUCGAGCGACUCGUACAAGAAAUGAAAGAAGCUAAUCUUCAAAGUCUCUCUGGCAGUGUGGACGAACUUAGACAUCCUCUUGAUGGAUUAUGCAAAGCUGGCAGUGCACGGAGAAUUAUAGGAUCACCUCGGCAACUGGAAAAUGCUGCACCCACCAAUAAGAAUCCACAUGGUGUAUGGGUUUAGCCAAUUCAUCAAAUUACGCGACUGCCCUUUCAGUAUCAAGCACAUUGAGUUAAUUUAAUCCAAGAUGACCCUUUUUUACCAGAAGAUCUUUUACGUUUGGCAGAGUAUUAUGUUAUGAUACCUAAGUUCCUAUGUUAAUCACUUACGGUUGCCAUAGCGGUAUAUAAGCGGUGAUAUUAAGUUUGACCAGCAGAUACGUUUAUGAUUAACAUUUUCAUAAAGAGAGGUAAUGUAUUUGUACUAAACAUUUAGUUUAUUUAUAAAUACUUUUCCCACAGUUAAGAAAUGAUCAUUAUAAUAAAUGUCGCAUGAAACAGACAUAGGAGAUUGGAUAGAAAAUAAACGUGCAUUUUCUUCAAAUGUUUCUUAGGUGUUAAUUUAGUGGUAUUUGUGUUCAAAUCGUAGUGUCAUAAAUUAUACUUAGGGUCACAAAUUGUGUCUUAUCAUAUCAUAUUUUAACUUAAGAUUAUUAGACGAAUUUUUAUUAACUAAUUAUAGAAAGAAUUACAUUGGAUUUUUUUAUAUUCUAUAUAGUAAAAGUAUUAUCAUGUCUUGCCAUCCUCAUAAAGUAAUUGUACCUUGAAAAUUUGACUUCAUAGAUAUUCUUCGGAGGGAACAAACGUACUUAUCUACUCAAACGUCUCAUAUGUAUAAGUGUUAUAUAUCUAUACCUACAUAUUUACAUAAUUAGUUAUAGGUGUAUGCGGAACAUUAAGAAAGAUGAUAAUUACCAAUUUUCUGACUCAUCAGAACAAGUAUUAUAGUAUAAAAAUAAUACAAAUGGUACUAUUACUUGAACGAACUCCUAGUUAUAUUUUCUUAUAUAUCCUAGGUAUUUUGAGUAGUUAAUGAAUAUUUUGCAAUACAGAUAUGUUUAAUGAUAAUAAUCUAGUCGAAAAUAUAAGCCAUUGCAAUACUUAUGUAUGAACCAAUAGAAUUAUCUCGUGUUAUAGUGAAAUUGAAACUUAAAUUAUGUCAGCAUUUAUGGGAAACUGAGUAUUUGAAAAGUAUUUAAUUAGGCCUAAUAUAUUAUGUAAUACGAACCUGUAUGUUACUUGUAAUCUCUACUAUUAUUGUGCUUGGUUUCUAUAAAAGUAGUUAGAAUGUUUGUCUAUAAUUCAUAUAUCAAAUAAAGUGAUUUAAAGUA